ACCCGACUGGUAGCUGUGCAUCGCAACAUAUGUUCCUGAGAGCUCCGUUAUGAAAAGCGUGGUCAGAUCUAGACAAAUGCGGCAGCGUUUUAUGGAACGUCGCGAUGUGACCAAGCAAAGAGGAAAAUUAUCAUUCCCGAAUAACACUAGCUGCUAGGUGCGGUAGUCGCGCCAAAUCCAAUUGGCAACAUGUUCUCACCGGCGCAACUCGAGGCGCAAAACACGAUCAUGACAAGGAAACCAAGACAAUAGGCAGAAAACAUGGUGGCGAGUGCAAACAAGAUGACGGUCUCGAAAAAGCGAAAGGCGCUCCGAUCGAUCCUUCCUCGGUUUCUAUUUGCGGAAAGUUUACAACGGUCAGGCUUGUAAAAUGCCUCGAAGACCUCGCCCAGCCACAAGGCGUCCCCCUCCUUCUGCGCCAGCUGCUGCACAAACAACUCUUCCCAACGCGAAACCUGUCACUUCUAGCUCAGGCAACUCAAGACCACCACAUGAAUCACCAUCGGAUACUUCAAAUGAUAGCAUUGUAAGCGAAGUCGAGGAAGAUCCUUCUUUGCACGGGAACAAUCAUGACAGCGAUGAACUCGACGAAGAAUAUGGUGAAGAGGAUGUUGACAUUGACGCCCCGAGGGUAGCGCAAUGGAUGGACGAUGAGAAGCUGGAUGAUGUACAGGAAACAGAGUCCAGCGAGGAUGAAAGUCAAGACGAAGUGGAUGACCUAGGAGAGGGCCCAAGUCAUCAGAUCAAUAUGAAAUCCUUGCAGAAUGACCUCUCUUCGCUCCCCUUUGGUGCUCUGAGAAAGGCCCAACAUGCGCUCGCACAAGCAAAGGUUGUUAGUGAAUCUGACGACGAAUCUGAAGACGAGUCCGGGCCUGAAGAGCAAGUCACUCAGCUGAGUGCUAUGGGCAAGGAGAAGGAGAAAGAGAAAGAGAAGGAAAGAGAGAAGCGUGAGGUUGCGAAGAGAAAACACAAGCAUGCCCCCAUGGAAGUGACCUCAAAGAAGCCGGUUCCCCGAAAGAAACCAGAUUUUGAGGAGAAGAAGCUUGUUCCUCGUGACCCUCGGUUCCUACCAAUGACAGGCGAAUUUUCUACUCAGCAAUUUCAGAGACAGUAUCGUUUCCUGUCAGAGUUGCAUGUCAAUGAGAUGAAGACUCUCAAGGAGAAUCUCAAACGUGCCAGAAAGUUGCUAGCAUCUUCUCCAAGGGACUUGCGAGAAGAACGGGAGCAAGAGGUCCAACGUUUAGAGCGUGCGCUGAAGCGUGCCGAAAGUAUGGUGAACAAGGAUCGGAGGGAGAAGAUCGAAGAAGAGGCUUUGAGCAAGGUGACGGUUGAGGAACGCGAAAAGCGGAAACAAGGGAAGGGAGCAUGGUUUAUGAAAACUUCUGACAAGAAAGAGCUACUUGCUCGAGCAAAAUACGACGCACUCGCUGCAUCAGGCGGGAAGGGUGCUGUGAAGAAAGCUAUAGAGAAGAAACAGAAGAAGGUUGCCCAGAAGGAGAAAAAGAAACGACCCUUUGCUCCUCCAUCCGGAGGAGGCGAUAGCGGUUGGGCAGGCAAACGCUCUCGAUCAGGAGCGCAGGCAGAAAGACCGAACAAGCGUCCGAAAUUUGGUUGAGUAGGGUAAUGUUCCUUGACUCUUGCUACUGUAUGUACCCUGUACUACUGGCAGAUAUCAAAGAUACAUGGUGUUCUCUGUUUGCUGAUCU